GGCAGGAAUUGUCUUCCAUAGAGUUCAAUAUGUGAGUCAGAAACCUUCAACCUCCUGAACCAGUUCUAACAAAUAAAAGUCAUUAGUGUGUGUGUGUGUGUGUGUGUGUGUGUGUGUGUGUGUGUGUGUGUGUGUGUGUGUGUGUGUGUGUGUGUGUGUGUGUGUGUGUGUGUGUGUGUGUGUGUGUGUGUGUGUGUGUGUAGGGGGGGCACUCAUUCAUAUUAACAGCAGUGGUCUAUAAAGCUCAGUGUGGUUGUGCGCAUUGUUCUGGCAGCGGGAACCUCACACUCAUAAUUACACGGACGCGCGUGGGUGGAGUGUGCGCGGGUGCGUGUGCGCACGACGAGAGAGAGAGAGAGAGAGAGAGAGAGAGAGAGAGAGAGAGAGAGAGAGAGACUCCACUUUCUGCUCCUUCCUGCCGCGCAGCAGCAUCUGGUUCAGACGCCGUGGAUCCGGACUACAGGGGGGGCGGGAUGAGGAGUUGGAUCGGCUCUCAGUACAGUUGUGUUUAAUACCGCCUUCCUCCUCCUCCUCCACUUUCUCCUCUUCCUCCUCAUCGCACCUUGAGUCCAGGCUGGGGGAGCACAUUGAUUAUUGAUCUGAUUGGAUAUUGGUAUGACAUCAGCGCGGAACGUGGGCUGUGUUCUCCAGAGGCGGAAUACCGGGAGAGCCUGCCGGAGUUAACGGCCCGAUGCUGGCUCUCUUUCUCUCUUUCUCUCUCUCUUUCUCUCUUUCUUUCUCCUCCUCUCUCCUCUCGGAAUGGGGGCUCGAGCAACAAGCGACCGCGGCUGCGUGCGGCAGCAGCGGCAGCGGCAGCGGCAGCAGCGGCUCUGCGCACACCGGAGCGGGAUAACGCGCUCGUGAGUCAGUCGGUGUGGAUGUUUGUAACGGCAGCACCUAACCCGGGAUUACAGUAGACCUCCUUCCUCUUCCUCUGCCUGCUGGAUCCGGAGAACUCUCCUGAAAAAGAAGAAAAAGAAAAAGUGCUUUUGCGCCUCGCAGCGGUCCUCCGGUUCUCCUCCGGUUGUCCGGUCCUCCGGUCCUGGUCUGUGGCGGAGCCGCUCUCUGGUGGAACUGGUCUGAUCAUGGGCAGACACUCGGGUCACCUGCCCGAGCUCAAACCGGGUCUUACAUUCCGGGUGUUGUGGAUCCUUCAGGCGUUCCUGGACCUGGCCGGCUCUCAGGAGAUUUACGCGCCGCACUCGAUCCGGGUGGAGGGCGACGUGACGCUGGGGGGGCUGUUCCCCGUCCACGCCAGGGGGGUCCCGGGGAUGCCGUGCGGGGACAUCAAGAAGGAGAACGGCAUCCACCGGCUGGAGGCGAUGAUGUACGCGCUGGACCAGAUCAACGGGGACGAGGAGCUGUUGCCCAACGUCACCCUGGGCGCGCGGAUCCUGGACACCUGCUCCCGGGACACGUACGCGCUCGAGCAGUCGCUGACGUUCGUGCAGGCUCUGAUCCAGAAGGACACGUCGGACGUCCGGUGCACCAACGGGGAGCCGCCGGUGUUCGUGAAGCCCGAGAAAGUUGUGGGAGUGAUCGGAGCGUCGGCGAGCUCCGUGUCCAUCAUGGUGGCCAACAUCCUGCGCCUCUUCCAGAUCCCUCAGAUCAGCUAUGCAUCCACCGCCCCGGAGCUAAGUGACGACCGGCGAUACGACUUCUUCUCUCGGGUGGUCCCUCCGGACAGUUUCCAGGCCCAGGCGAUGGUGGACAUUGUCAAGGCUAUGGGCUGGAACUACGUCUCCACUGUGGCCUCAGAGGGCAGCUACGGGGAGAAAGGGGUGGACGCCUUCAUGCAGCUCUCCAGGGAGGCAGGUGGAAUCUGUAUCGCUCAGUCACUGAAGAUCCCUCACGACCACAAACCCUCCGACUUCGAUAAAAUCAUCCGUCUGCUGCUGGACACUCGCUACGCCAGGGCAGUCAUCCUCUUUGCCUCCGAUGAAGAUAUCAGGGGGAUCCUGAAUGCCAGUAAGCGAGCGGAGCAGGUUGGUCACUUCAUGUGGAUCGGUUCCGACAGCUGGGGGGCCAAGAACAGUCCCAUCCACCAGCUGGAGGACGCUGCGAUCGGAGCUGUCACCAUACUGCCAAAGAGAGCCACCAUCAACGGGUUCGACGCAUACUUCAUGUCACGGACUCUGGAGAACAACCGGAGGAACGUGUGGUUUGCAGAGUACUGGGAGGAAAACUUCAACUGCAAGCUGAUGAGCUCCUCCAAGAAAGACGAGAGCAGCAGGAAGUGUACAGGUCAGGAGCGUAUUGGCAUCGACUCCAAGUACGAGCAGGAGGGCAAGGUCCAGUUUGUGAUCGACGCAGUGUACGCCAUGGCCCACGCCCUACACAACAUGCAGAGGGACCUGUGUCCCGAGAACUCUGGCAUCUGCCCCGAGAUGGACCUGGCCGGGGGGAAGAAACUACUCAAGUACAUCCGCAGCGUCAGCUUCAACGGGAGUGCUGGUACUUCAGUGACAUUCAACCGUAACGGGGAUGCUCCUGGACGCUACGAUCUGUUUCAGUACCAGUGGAACAACUUCACCGGACCCGGGUACCGAGUGAUUGGACAGUGGACCGAGACCCUGCAGCUCAAUAUCGAGGACAUGCAGUGGCCUCGAGGGGAGCAGGACAUUCCCAGCUCCGUGUGCAGCCUUCCCUGUAAAACCGGCGAGAGGAAGAAGGUGGUGAAGGGCAUGCCGUGCUGCUGGCACUGCGAGCCCUGCGAUGGCUACCAGUACCAGUUCGACGAGUUCAGCUGCAAGCUCUGCUCCUACAACAUGAGGCCCAACGCCAACCGCACGGUGUGCCAGCCCAUACCCAUCAUCAAACUGGAGUGGCACUCGCCCUGGGCAGUGAUCCCGGUUUUCCUGGCAAUGCUGGGGAUCAUCGCCACAAUCUUCGUCAUGGCUACGUUCAUCCGCUACAACGAUACGCCGAUUGUCCGAGCGUCCGGCAGGGAGCUGAGCUAUGUCCUCCUCACUGGGAUAUUUUUAUGUUACAUCAUCACGUUCCUCAUGAUCGCCAAGCCAGAUGUCGGCGUGUGCUCGUUCAGGAGGAUCUUCCUGGGUCUGGGUAUGUGCAUCAGCUACGCCGCGCUGCUCACCAAAACCAACCGCAUCUACCGGAUCUUCGAGCAGGGGAAGAAGUCGGUGACGGCUCCCCGGCUGAUCAGCCCCACCUCACAGCUGGCGAUCACCUCCAGCCUCAUCUCAGUCCAGCUGCUGGGGGUGUUCAUCUGGUUUGUGGUGGAUCCGCCCAACACCAUCAUCGACUACGACGAGCAGAAGACCUUCAACCCGGAUCUAGCGCGAGGGGUGUUGAAAUGUGACAUCACAGAUCUUCAGAUUAUCUGUUCGUUGGGUUACAGUAUCCUGUUGAUGGUGACGUGUACUGUUUACGCCAUAAAGACCCGCGGGGUCCCGGAGAAUUUUAACGAGGCCAAACCCAUCGGGUUCACCAUGUACACCACCUGCAUCGUCUGGCUGGCUUUUAUACCUAUCUUCUUUGGCACGGCGCAAUCUGCAGAGAAGCUGUACAUCCAGACCACCACACUGACCAUCUCCAUGAACCUGAGCGCGUCUGUGGCCCUCGGGAUGCUUUACAUGCCCAAAGUCUACGUCAUCAUCUUCCACCCGGAGCUCAACGUGCAGAAGAGGAAACGUUCCUUCAAAGCCGUCGUCACGGCCGCCACCAUGUCAUCCCGACUCUCCCACAAAGCCAGCGACAGACCCAACGGGGAGGCCAAGACGGAGCUGUGCGAGAACGUCGACCCCAACAGCUAAUUUCAUAAUUUAUCAGAGGUCCGGCAGCGAAGAAGAAAUACGUGAGUUACAACGACGACCCUGUGAUCUAACACCUUCCUCAACCGCUGGGAGACGGGCGGUCUCCUCCCGCCAGCUAAAACACGAAGAAGAGGAAGGAGAGAAGAAUGUUUUUCUUUUCUUUUGUUGUUUAAUGUUGCUUCAUUGCCCACCACAAACUUUCAGAUGCUACAGCGAAGCAUUGUGGGACUUUCCUUUGGGCAUCAGUGAGAGAGAAGACGUUUAAAAAAAAAAAAAAUCUUUUUGUUGGUGAUGAUGAUGAUGAUGAUGAUGAUGAUGAUGAGGGUGAGGGCGUCUCGCAGCCUCCGGGUUGUCGGCAGAGCUCUCGGGGCUCCACGUUGAUGUCAAACAAAGCGGCCGUCUCGGUCCGCCGUGACCUUUCUACGGAGCCCCGCCUCCUCUCAUCUUUUAAUGUACUUCCGAACUGCAAGUUCUCCAACCCUCCUGUCCGCCCCCAUGUGCUUCUUUAUGGCUUCUAUGUUCUGAUUUUAUUUGAUUUCCUUUGUUUUUUCCUUUAAAGACGACGAUGAUUAUGACGUUGGUGAUGAAUCUGUUUUGCUCUUGCUUCUUGGAUGCACAUUGUUUUUUAUUAAAGCCAUAUUCUUCGCUUUGAGAUUUUGAGGGCUUUGCUCACGCCGCCGCCUUGAAUCUGAUUUUUGCGACUAAAAUGUCAUCUGGCAUGAAAAGUUGGACAACUGUUAAAGUCCUGAAAAUGCCCCCCACCCCCCUAAUUUCAGUUGCACCUUCUGAGAUUCAAAAAUAUCCUAAAAAAGUUCAUAGUACUGCAUUUCCUAUUGUUUUAGCCUAUAUUUGUUCAUAUCUUGUCAAAUUGUCACCAAUAAGCAAACUGAAUUAGCCGUUAGCAGCUCCUGUUAGCAGUGUACACAAUAAUCUACAGACUGGAUUAUGUUAUAGUGAAGAAAACUUAGAAAUAUGAUAAUUCUCAGGCAAGUUCUGCAGUUCUAAGGAAGGUCUUUUUUUCCAUGACUUUCAAGUGGAUUUAUGGCCAUUUAUUCAUGAUGGACAUCAGAGAUAAUGAUGUACAAAGUUCAAGUCACACUGAAUCUAAAAAUAUGUUCAUCAUUUUAUAGUUCCUUCAUUUUAUAAAAUACAGGUGAAUUUCCCCCAUAUUUUAUAAAAGGUAUCAGAUCUUCCUUUCACAGGAACUGUGGUUUUUCAAUCACUGGCUCAUUGAGGGUUUUUCUGGAUUUUCCGAAAGACAUACACUGUCUGUUUAAGACACAACAAUAUCUUUUCUUACUUAAUCUAAAUACAGAAAAUUUGAAAUUGCAGGAGCUUUAUGUUUUUUUUUCAUAAUUAAAAAAAAAAAAUGUUCCCCUUCUAAUUAUUAUGACUUAUGACUAAUUAUGAAUUAUAUAUCAUCAUUUUGCUUUUAUAUUUAAUAAUUUUGACUUUUUAUUCAAUCAAUUUGAUGUUUCAUCACAAUUUCAAUAUAUUUUUUACUUUUUGUUUCAUAAUUUUAACUUAAUGUGAAGAAGUUUUAAGUUUAUUUUUUAUUUUACUUUCAGAAAUGGGCUUCCAUACAAAACAGUAAUAAUACAAAUAGUAUUUGCCGAUUAUUAUUAUUAUUAGUUUCUCAGACACUGUCCAGCUGCUAACGUUAGCUCAGCUUGUUUCUCUGAUAACUUAAGAUCCAGACAUCCGAUCCUUCAUCCGGUUCAAAUCUAGAGAUAAAAAGCACCAAGAUCUAAACAGUGGAUGGUAAAAAUGUGGCUUCACACUGGAUAAACAGUCAAUAUAUGACAGCUUCUGAUUCUUGAUUAUUAAUUGAAUCAACUACAUAUAGAACAUAGCUCCAGAGUCCAUACACUGUUAAUAAAGAAACUUGACAUUAUAGAUUUGAUUUGAGAGCUGAAGCAGCUCUCACUUGCUCAUUCCCUGAGCUUCAUUUUCUCUCCAUCCCAAGUACAUCACUCCACUACAUAUAGAACAUAGCAUUUGUUAUAGUUUAUACACUGUUCAAUGAGGAAAUGUUGCCUGAAUAAAAUGACAUUUGUCAACAUUUGUGAUAAUGUAAGAACAUUUCAGAGCUUUCAGUGGUAAAAAUCAGAUUCUUCAGUCGGUUGAAGCCAAAAAAUUACUAAAAUAAAAACAGGCGUGUUUUUAUGCCUUUCUGUUGGAGCUGUUUGAACUGUUUGUGGUCCUCAUGAUGAAAGCAUCCCCAUCCCAACACGUGUGUUCCUUCUCCACAUACAUGACGACUUCUCCAGUAUUUUGUAGGUGUGUGCUGAUGAUGAUGAUGAUGACGACCCUUAACUGUGUUGACUUUAAAAGAACUUUGGUCCGGGUUCAGUCACUGGACUUCUGAUACAACGAGAGGUGUUGAUGUGGAGGUUGUCAAUGCAUGCCUGAUAUGUUCGAUGUUGAAUCCGAAAAAAAAAAAAAUUUAAAAGAUGAAAUCCUCACGACGACACGGUUGACUCCACCCGUCUGCUCUGAAUCGUAACUGUUUUUUGUUUCUUUAUUCCACUUCCUCACGCAGCAGCAGAAUAUGGCUUUGAUUGGUUUCUUAUGUUCCUGGAAACUACGGGAAAUGGAGAAAAAAGAUGAAUAUAUAUUUAAAAAAAACAAAAUACUUGUUAAAAAAAAGGAAGCAUGUAUGUUUUCUACUGUUUGUACUCGGUAUAUUCAUGUUGCCCUUGCUGCUUAUGUGCCAAUGUUGUGGGAGAGAUUUACAUUCGGCCACUCAUGCAACUAUUCUGUGGUGUUGUCCAAGAAUGUAUCAACAUGAAAUAAAAAACAUUUGGUUAUUUUUUUA